AGAAUUCUGCUUUAUCAUUACCACUUAUUGAUAAGAACAAUAAAGUAAAAAGAAUCGACUCCGACAACACGAUUUAGCUGACUUGCCGUAUGUCGAGAAGUUCAGAAUAAAAUCAAAGUCACCGUAGAAAAAAUAAGAUAUAAAAAGCAGUCUUCCGUGUACUGUCAGUCAGUGAAAUUUAAACAGUAGUAGUUACUCAUUUAAUCUGUUCUUGUUCACAAAUACCUGAUAAAAUGCCAGGACAAUUGCGUUUUGAUGAUAAAGUGGUUGUAGUUACAGGAGCGGGUGCAGGUUUGGGACGAACUUACGCAUUGUUGUUUGCAUCCAGAGGUGCCAAGGUAGUUGUGAAUGACUUGGGAGGUAAUAGACAUGGAGAUGGAAGCAGCACCAAGACCGCGGAUGCUGUUGUUCAGGAAAUUCGACAAAAUGGAGGAAAAGCUGUUGCAAAUUAUGAUUCUGUGAUGGAUGGUGAAAAAAUCAUAAAGACAGCAAUUGAGGCGUUUGGUCGCAUAGAUGUGCUUGUUAAUAAUGCAGGUAUUUUAAGGGACGCAUCAUUCAUGAAAAUGUCGGACGCACAAUGGGAUAUGGUACAGAAUGUCCAUUUGAAUGGUGCUAUGAGAACGACACGUGCGGCAUGGCCGUAUUUUAUGAAACAGAAAUAUGGACGUGUAAUUUUCACCUCGAGCAACAGCGGUCUAUAUGGAAACUUCGGACAGACCAAUUACAGUUCAGCAAAAAUGGGUCUUGUGGGAUUAGCCAACACACUAGCUAUUGAAGGUGGAAGAAAAAAUAUUUUCACCAAUGUAAUAGUACCCACGGCUGCUUCGCGUUUGACGGAAGAUAUUUUCCCACCAGAAUUCUUUGAGCAGUUUAAGCCUGAAUUGAUAGCACCUGUUGUUUUUUGGUUGUGCCACGAGGAUUGUAAGGAAAAUGGUUCUAUAAUUGAAGCAGCAUUAGGCUGGGCUGGCAAAUGUCAUUUAAUUCGUUCUUCGGGUGCUAUGUUGCGACAGUCUUUAUCAGAUAAUGUUACACCAGAAAACGUACAGGAAAACUGGUCGAAAAUAACCGACAUGACAUCGGCAAAAAGAUACAACUCAAUCGGGGAAGUGACAGGAGAUUUGGCAAACGUCAUUGAAAACCUGAGGAACGGACCCUCUUCAAAAGAGGAGGAACAGAGAAGCACCUACAACAGUCGCGACAUUAUAUUGUAUGCGCUUGGCGUCGGAGCUACAACUCAAGAACCAACGGAUUUUCGUUUUAUAUAUGAAAAUGCCGAUGGAUUCGCUGUGUUUCCUACAUAUUACGUUACAUAUGGAACUCAAGGAUUUUUUAAAAGUUCUGUUGCGCAAGACAUACCUGUAGACUUAAAUGAUCCUACACGGAUACUUCAUGGCGAGCAGUAUCUAGAAGUUUUCAAAGAACUGCCUACGGAAGCUACCGUAGAAACGCGCUUUACGCUACAGGAUGUCUUAGAUAAGGGAAAAGGCGCUGUUGUUUUACUCAAACACGACACUUACGAUGUGGCAAGCGGAGAAAUACUAUCGACCGGACAGAUAAGUGUGUUUGUCAUUGGCGCUGGUGGUUUCAAUGGAAAACGAACAUCACCACACAGUAUUCCGACCAUUGAGCCUCCUGCUCGAAAGGCAGAUGCAACAGUAAUACAAAAAACUAAUGUCGAUCAGGCUGCUUUGUAUAGAUUGAGCGGAGAUCUCAAUCCGCUCCAUAUGGACAAUACUAUUGCUAUGUUAGCAGGACAUGAGAGACCAAUAUUGCACGGGCUCUGCACCCUCGGAUUUUCCGCUCGCCACGUUCUUCAAACGUAUGCUGCCGGAGAUCCUAGCUUAUUCAAAUCUAUUAAGGUGAGAUUUUCAAAACCAUUCCUGCCGGGCCAAUCAAUACGUACUGAUAUGUGGCGCAAUAAUAACAGGAUACAUUUCCAAACGUCUGUCGUUGAGACCGGAGUGCCAGUUAUAACAGGUGCUUAUAUCGAUCUCUUCGAUGUUAAAACGGGAAUGCCGCGAGUAAAUCUGUGUGCCGCUGAAGAAAAUAUUCAGAGUAACGCCGUAUUCGCGACUAUCGGUGAACAUGUGAAAGCAAAUCCGGAUGAAGCGAAGAAAGUCAAUGCGGUCUUUCUUUACAACAUCACCGUCGAUAAAAAACCAGCAGUGGAAUGGACUCUCGAUAUGAAGAAGGGUGAAGUGUACAAAGGAAAGCCCAAGUCCGGGAAACCAGACACGACCCUCACUAUAGAAGAUAAAGAUAUGAUUGAAAUUGCACUGGGAAAACUAAAUCCACAAGUGGCGUUUAUGCGUGGAAAGUUGAAGAUAACCGGCAACAUUAUGGUCACGCAGAAAUUAGCAAGCCUAAUGGAGGCAAAUAAAUCGAAGUUGUAGUUAUCGCCAUUGUUAUUUUUAAACAAAAUUUGAAUAUAUAUAUAUACCAUGGAUGAGGGUAUAUGUUUUACGCGUAUAUGUAUACGUGUAAAUAUACGUGCAAUAUAUAUACACAUAUACAUGUAUAAUGA